UCCGGUGAGCCCACUGGCGACAACGGCAACAUGGCUCUGAACGGUGCUGAAGCCGACGAUUUCUCCUGGGAGCCCCCAACCGAAGCGGAAACGAAGGUUCUGCAAGCGCGAAGGGAGAGACAGGAUCGCAUCUCCCGGCUCAUGGGCGACUACCUGCUGCGUGGUUACCGCAUGCUGGGCGAGACGUGCGCGGACUGCGGGACGAUCCUCCUCCAAGACAAACAGCGGAAAAUCUACUGCGUGGCUUGUCAGGAGCUCGACUCAGACGUGGAUAAAGAUAAUCCGGCUCUGAAUGCCCAGGCUGCCCUCUCCCAAGCUCGGGAACACCAGCUUGCCUCUGCCUCGGAGCUCCCCUUGGGCUCUCGGCCAGCCCCUCAGCCCCCAGUACCCCGUCCAGAGCACUGUGAGGGAGCUGCAGCAGGGCUCAAGGCAGCCCAGGGGCCACCCCCUCCUGCUGUGCCUCCAAAUGCAAAUGUCCUGGCCUGCACACAGGAGGCCCUCCUGCAGAAGCUGACCUGGGCCUCAGCUGAGCUGGGCUCUAGCGCUUCCUUGGAGACUAGCAUCCAGCUGUGUAGCCUAAUCCGGGCUUGUGCUGAGGCUCUGCGCAGCCUUCGGCAGCUGCAACACUAAGAGGCCCCUCCUGAGAAAAACCCUGUCCAGAAAAACAGCUGUCCUCUUGUGUGGUUUGUUCUUUUCUUGGUUCUGAGUGUGCAUGCCAGCUCCUGCUCCACUCGCCUUUUUCCUACCUUUGCCUCUUACCCUACCAGUCAGCUCUCCUUGAUGCCCUGAGAGAUUAGUUGGGCUUGUUUGUGCUUGGUUUCCCC